GUUAAUAACCCACCCCUGGUCUAGUUAAUAACCCACCCCUGGUCUAGUUAUUAACCCACCCCUGGUCUAGUUAUUAACCCACCCCUGGUCUAGUUAAUAACCCACCCCUGGUCUAGUUAAUAACCCACCCCUGGUCUAGUUAUUAACCCACCCCUGGUCUAGUUAUUAACCCAUUAGUAAUGUAUGAAGGUGAUCAUUGACGUGGCAUCAAUGUCGUGGCUCUGGUGUUUGGGGUUCAGGAACGUCGUGAAAAACUGCAUUUUCAUUGGCCACAGCAUUCGGAUACAAGCUUUUCAUUGGUCCUUGUUUUAGAAUGGCAUUUCUAUAUAUCGUUUUGAUACAAUUAAUCUAAUAUAGUGUUUUUGUGUGAACUAAUUACUAAAAUACCUGCCCAAUAUUCAAUACAAUGUGUUGCAUGUCAUUGUAAUGUAAAUAAACUCCCAAAGGGACAUUAGUUGUGAUAAUUUCACCGGUCUCCGCGGUUGUGUCUUGGACAAGCCCAUCGCACGAUUUUCCUGUCGCCAACAUCCUACAAGCCAAACAGUCUCAGUAAGGGUGUGCCUAACGGAGGGAUGGCCCAGUUUCAGGAGGUGAUGAGGCAGCAGCUGGAGACCUCCAUGCACGCGGAGCUGGAGAAACUACUGGACACUGCCACGGGGGUCGACAAGGAGGUCUCCAGGAAGGACUUUGAUGGAUUCAAGAAGCUGUUCCACAGGUUUCUGCAGGUGAAGGGGCCGUCGGUGGACUGGCCCAAGAUACACAGACCUCCAGAAGACUCCAUCCAGCCCUAUGAUAAGAUAGCAGCGCGGCCCCUGCCGGACAGCCUGGCAGACAGUCUCAACAAGCUGGUGGUAGUCAAGUUGAAUGGAGGCCUGGGGACCAGCAUGGGCUGUAAAGGCCCCAAGAGCCUCAUCAGCGUCCGCAACGAGAACACUUUCCUGGACCUCACCGUGCAGCAGAUAGAGCACUUGAACAAGAAGUACAACACAGACGUUCCUCUGGUCCUGAUGAACUCCUUCAACACGGAUGAAGACACCAAGAAGAUCCUUCAGAAAUACACACACCACCGUGUCAAGAUACACACCUUCAACCAGAGCAGGUACCCCCGUAUUAAUAAAGAGUCCCUCCUGCCUGUGGCCACAGACAUUGGUAUGACGGGUGAGAAUGCUGACGUGUGGUAUCCUCCUGGCCACGGGGACAUCUACGCCAGCUUCUACAACUCUGGUCUGCUGGAUCAGCUCAUCACAGAGGGCAAGGAGUACAUCUUUGUGUCUAACAUUGAUAACCUGGGUGCUACGGUGGACCUGAACAUCCUGCAUCACCUGGUGAGCCAGCCCAACGGGAAACGCUGUGAGUUCAUCAUGGAGGUCACAGACAAGACCCGCGCUGACGUCAAGGGCGGUACUCUUAUUCAGUAUGAUAACAAGCUGCGUCUGCUAGAGAUAGCCCAGGUCCCCAAGGCCCAUGUAGAUGAGUUCAAAUCAGUCACCAAGUUUAAGAUCUUCAACACCAACAACCUGUGGAUCUCUCUGGGCGCCAUCAAGAGGCUGCAGGAGCAGAACGCCAUGGACAUGGAGAUCAUCGUUAACCCCAAGACACUGGACGGCGGUCAGAACGUGAUCCAGCUGGAGACGGCGGUGGGCGCGGCCAUCAAGAGCUUCGACAACGCCCUGGGCAUCAACGUGCCACGAUCCCGCUUCCUGCCCGUCAAGACCGUCUCCGACCUCCUAUUGGUCAUGUCCAACCUCUACAGCCUGGAGGCGGGCUCUCUCACCAUGAGCCAGAAGAGAGAGUUCCCUACCACGCCCCACGUCAAGCUGGGCAGCUCGUUUACUAAGGUCCAGGAAUACCAGACGCGGUUCGAGAGCAUCCCUGAUAUGCUGGAGCUGGAUCACCUGACUGUGUCCGGUGACGUCACGUUCGGAAAACAAGUUUCUCUUAAGGGAACGGUAAUCAUCAUAGCCAAUCACGGAGAUCGUAUCGACAUCCCGGCAGGAACGAUACUGGAGAACAAGAUUGUGUCGGGCAACCUUCGCAUCCUGGACCACUGAAGCCUUUAACUACUCCUCCAGCACCACAUACACAUCCACCACCAUCAUGUGACGAAGCCAGACACAUCCAACCCAAUCAUGUGACCAAUCCAGACACAUCCACCAUGUGACCAAGCCAGACACAUCCACCCAAAUCAUGUGACCAAGCCAGGCACAUCCACCAUGUGACCAAGCCAGACACAUCCACCCAAAUCAUGUGACCAAGCCAGGCACAUCCACCACGUGACCAGAAACAUGCACCCCAAUCAUGUGACCAAGCCAGACUUGAUCCAGACUCCUUGAAAUAAACUCCUUAGAGAAGGGUGCCAUUCCCAACAGAUAGGGAUGUGAUGUGAUAUCCAUGCAAUACUUUACCUGUAGUAUUUCAGCUCCCUACCCAUCAGAUUCCCUUACUGGAUGAGAAUGAUGAUACAAGUCAUAUGGAUGCGAUGUCAAUGGGAGAUUCAAUAUCCACUGUACAUGUUAGUACAGUCUUAGGCUGGGAUUCAAUCCGAUCGCGGAUUUGGACAAUGCACCAUUUAAAGGUAACUCCUGAUUGAGCCGACAUAUACAGUGUUUACCGUGAAUUUGGUGUCCAUGAACGUGGGAACAUUGCCUUUAAAACAUGCAUUACAGACAAAGAGGGAUCGGAUUGCAUCCCGGCCCUAAUUGACAAUUCAAUAUUAUACACUGCUCAAAAAAAUAAAGGGAACACUUAAACAACACAAUGUAACUCCAAGUCAAUCACACUUCUGUGAAAUCAAACUGUCCACUUAGGAAGCAACACUGAUUGACAAUAAAUUUCACAUGCUGUUGUGCAAAUGGAAUAGACAACAGGUGGAAAUUAUAGGCAAUUAGCAAGACACCCCCAAUAAAGGAGUGG